AUGGAGAUUCAAACAGAUCAGAUAUUCAAAUUGAUAUCAAAAUUAAGAGAGGGAGAAGAUGUAGUGAAGGAGGAGGGGGGGGUGGAGGAGUGUAAUCUUGUCAUUAGCCAAUUAAUGAAGCUAUUUAUUAUCCGAAACCCUGGUUAUAAGAUUCUUUUUGGGCUUUUAAAGGAGGAAUAUGGCUGCAGAAAACAGGAUGCUGUGACUGCGAAGAGUAAUCGUAUAAGGAAAUGCGACACAGACAACAUAAAGCUCAAUAUUGUUCGUGACACGUACUAUAGCGGGUCGCAUUACCAGUUAAUAAAGUAA